AUGUUACACUGGCUUUCAAUGUCAACGGCUUCGUACCAGUAUGCUGCAUGCGCAACUCAAACCACAGUCUAUGACAGCAUGACGAUCCUAAUGGCUUUUGGAGAACCAAGUGUGGAGAUCAUUGGGCUGACAACCAUAUUUGGCAACGUCACUACCGAGUAUGCUACACGCAAUGCGCUCUUGCUGUGUGAGAGAGCAGGGCAUCCUGAGGUUCCAGUAGCAGAGGGCAGCCCGGAGCCUCUUAAGGGAGGAGAGCCACGCGUUGCUGACUUUGUUCAUGGAUCCGAUGGUCUUGGUAACUUGUCUCUUCCUGCACCUACUACUAAGAAGGUUGAGGAAAGUGCUGCCGAGUUCAUGGUUAAUAAGGUCUCUCAGUUUCCUGGAGAGAUAUCUGUACUUGCAUUGGGACCCCUGACAAAUGUCGCAUUGGCCAUCAAAAGGGACCCGUCAUUUGCAAGCAAGGUCAAAAAAAUAGUCGUGCUGGGUGGAGCUUUCUUCGCAGCUGGAAAUGUCAACCCUGCUGCUGAAGCAAAUAUCUAUGGAGAUCCGGAUGCAGCGGAUGUAGUUUUUACAUCAGGAGCAGAUAUUGAUGUGGUUGGCAUUAACAUAACAACUCAAUGCUGUUUUACAGAUGAGGAUCUCUUGGAACUGAAAAACUCAAAAGGGGUGCACGCACAGUUCUUGUGUGACAUGUGCAAGUUCUACAGAGAUUGGCAUGAGAAGUCUGACGGCUUCCAAGGGAUUUUCCUACAUGAUCCUGUGAGCUUUACAGCCUUAGUUCACCCUGAGUACUUCACAUUCAAGAAGGGUGUUGUGAGAGUCGAGACCCAGGGCAUUUGCACCGGCCAUACUUUGAUGGAUCAUGGAUUGAAAAAGUGGAAUUCAGAAAAUCCAUGGUCGGGUUAUGCACCAAUUUCAGUUGCAUGGACAGUCGAUGUGCCAAAGGUCCUUGCAUAUGUGAAGAAGCUGCUGAUGGCGCCCUGA